UCAAUUUAAUUAUGUUUGUUUAAAGAACCGGUUAAUUUGUUGUAUUGUUUUAUUUGGAUAUGUUUGUCACAACAACACAAGAAGAUGAUGGAUGAUGUGAAAAGAACCGCCUAAAAAAUCCAAACAAACAAAUUCUUUUUGAUUUGCCUAUAAAAACUUGGUGAUUGAACAGGGAAGAGCACAGUCGGACAUUUGACUUCGAUACAACUAAACUAAUCUCAAACAAAAUGAAAUUCCUUAUUGUCGCUUUGGCUUUUGUGGCUUGCGCCUAUGCUGAUGUCUCUGAAUUGGGUUACAACUAUGAGCAGCCUGCACCUGCCCCAGCACCAGCUCCAGUUCAACCAUCUAAGAGUUAUAUUCCCCCUGCACCAGUAGCCCCAGCACCAGCUCCAGUUGCUCAGCCCACCAACACCUAUGUUCCACCAGCACCAGUUGCCCCCGCCCCAGCUCCAGUUGCUCAACCCACCAACACCUAUGUUCCACCAGCACCUGUUGCCCCCGCACCAGCUCCAGUUGCUCAACCCACCAACACCUAUGUCCCACCUGCACCUGUUGCUCCCGCACCAGCUCCCGUUGCUCAACCCACCAACACCUACAUUCCCCCUGCCCCAGUCUCCCCUGUUGAAGAAGUUGAACAAACUCCCGCCGACGGCUACCGUUACAAGACUGUCCGCCGUGUUGUCUACAGACACCGUGCCUAAGCGUCGAAUUAAGGAAUAUGCAUUUAGUUGAUUUGUUAAUGUUAUGAUUUGAAAUAAAA